AUGACCUAUGGACAGACGGGUGCAGGGAAAACAUAUACUAUGUUUGGUAGUCAAGAGAGUUAUGCUAGUCGUGGUUUAGUUCCUCGUUUUAUUAAUGAUUUAUUUAAUUUAUUAAAUAAACAACAUGAAUAUUAUUCUGCUGUUUUUGUCUCCUUUUGUCAACUUGAUGCUGAAUUACUCUUUGAUCUACUCGCUAUACAAGGACUUGAUUCACAAACAGGAAAUGAAUUACAGAUACAAGAGGAUGCAAGAGGAGGUGUAUUUGUUCGUGGAUUAAGUCUUCGUCAAUGUGCAAAUGCAGAGGAAGCAUUAACAUGUUUUUUUAAGGGAUUUAAUUUACGUAGUGUUUCUUCUCAUGGUAUAAACCCUAGCAGCAGCAGAAGUCAUUGUAUAUUUACGGUGUAUAUACACUCUAAAUCACGUAAUGAUACAACACAAGGAAUAAAAAGUAGUAAAAUACAUUUUAUUGAUCUUGCUGGUUGCGAACGACCUAAGAAAACAUUAGCAGAAGGAAGUCUCCUUAGAGGGACUGCAUUCAUCAAUAAAAGUCUAUCUAUACUUGAAAUGGUUGUUGUUGCUCUUGGGGAGAAAGGGAGAGAUCAUAUACCCUAUCGAUCUAGUCGUCUUACUCAUCUGCUUAAGGAUACACUUGGAGGAAACAGCAACACUUGUUUAAUAGCCAAUAUAUGGCCAGAAAAAGAAUACUUAGAGGAGACACUCUCUACCUUGCGCUUCUCUCAGAGAAUGAUGAGGGUAUCUAAUAAAGCAGUAGUGAAUAUAAUAGUAGACCCAUUAGUUUUAUCUAAAAGAUUAGAGAAAGAUGUACAAAGAUUAAGACAAGAAUUACAAAUCACUAACUCCCUCAUGGGAAGACCUCCACAAUCUUACGACGCCUCCUCUCCUGAAGAAUUGGAGGAAAUGAGGAAAACAGCAACACUCUAUCUUAACGGAGAGCAAGAGGAGAUACAAUUUACUUCCGUCAGGUGCAGCAGCAGCAGCAACAAAGACAACAACAACAACAACAGCAGCAGCAGCAGCAGCACGAGCAGGAGCAACAGUAGCAGCAAGAGCAGCAGCAGCAGCAGCUGUGUUGUCAGCAAUUCCAAUACAGUAGUGGCAGCGAUAGGUUUGGCCCCCUUGGGGUAUCAAAAGAAAAUUCUUUCAGGGCAGAUUACAACAACGACAACAGCAACUGCAGCAGCAGCAGCAACUGCAGCAGCAGCAGCAGCAGCAGCAGCAGCAGGAGCAGGAGCAGGAAGGGUUUGUGUGUGUCUGUGUACAGAAGUUGGGUAUGAAGACACAACAGUUGGUGGUGUCUCCUUAGGGACAGACACAGAUCAAUCAGAGAUACCCCCAUUAGAUAGAUUAGAUGACACAAGACUACCUCUCUCUCAUCAGUAA